AUGGAUGGUGGUUUACCCAAUUAUUCGACGAAUGUCAUAAACAACACGUCGGCGGCCUCGUAUUCUUCACCAUCAGCUAUACCAUUGCAUCAUCUCCAGCAGUCUUCAGGAGGGCCUCCGCAGACACUGCCUCCGCUCCAGCCCAGCAACCCUGCUAUGCAACAGCCCCCCUACGGCGGCUAUCCACCAACUUCCAGAGCAACAACAAUGGCUAGCACCCCGGGUUCGACCAACACCAUGGCCAACUAUCCACCACCGCCCCCGCAAAACGCCGGCCGUGGUGCUGGCUAUCCCAUGAUGACCAACAACGGGUACGGGCAGCAGCCGUACCCCUCUUCGUCGGCCAUGUUGCCGCAAACUACCACCGCGGCUUCUCACUCCCAACCUAUUGCUCCGGCGCCGUCUCCAGGCGGCGGCCGUGUGCCCCCUGUCCUCCGCCCUAUGCCAGCGGGAGGGGUCAUGCAGCAGGGCAUGAACUCGCCCUACGGUCAAAGUCCACUCAUGGCUCAACAGUCGAUGCUUCCCGAAGGGGACCAGCCAACUCAUGUUGUCGGGUCGCAGGGCCGAAGGGGAAUCUUGCCAAGUGCGCCUGGAAGACCUGCUGCUCCCCAGGCCGGUGCGGGCCCUGCGAAGAGCCAGAUACCCCAAAAGGACGCAGACGGGAAGUUCCCCUGCCCCCACUGUACCAAGACUUAUCUGCACGCGAAGCACUUGAAGCGUCAUCUCCUUCGACAUACCGGCGACCGACCCUAUAUGUGCGUCCUUUGUCGCGAUACGUUCUCUCGCAGUGACAUCCUGAAGCGUCACUUUAUAAAAUGUUCAGUUCGCCGUGGCAAUCCGACUGGCGCCAGUCACCUAUCGCAUCCCCAGGCGCAUGUCAAGAAGAAUGCCGCCACGCAGCAAAAGACCAUGGGUGGCGAGGGCGACGUGAACCAUAUCAACGGUAUGGGAAACAUGCCAGCAGAGGGGAUGGUCCACCCGUUUGGUCUUAUUCCCGCUCCCGAUGGGAUGAGUAACAUUGCCAACGAUCAGAGCCAGCUCUCGAGGUCCAGCAGCAUUAACAGACUCGAGGAUGCAAACCGCGACCGAAGGAGCAUGACGGGCUCGGUCAUGGGCAACCCCUCGACCCGCGGAGGCAGUUUUGACCAGCAGUAUAACGGCGGCGAUGUUGCGAACAACAUGACGUCGAACAUCAACCCUCAGCUGGCCAACUACAGCUUACCGCAGGGUCAGAAUGGGAUGCAGCAGAUGUUUGCAGGGUCAGGAUCGACUGACUGGUCGCAAAUGUUUCAGGCUGGUGCGCACACCUCCUACGUCAAUGUGUUCCCCCCUAAUGUUGGACAGACGCAGACCGUAAUCAAACAAGAGCCUAAUCCUAGCGCCGCGCGAGCGGUUGGCGUUCCUGGCGAAACCCCCACCGACUCGAACCACUUCCCCUUGUGGGGAGUGCCCUCGACGUAUCCGAAGUCUUAUCAACUACUCUCUAGCAAGAUAAUCAGUUUUCUAUCCCCCCAAGAAGCCGCCACGAACCUCGCGGCUUCGAACCACGUUAGCCUAUUUUUCCAGCCCGGCAAUAUCCGCAACUUUCUUGAGAAUUAUACUCACUUUCACACACACUUCUCUAUACUUCACAUUCCCACAUUCAAGGCCAUGGAUGUCUUUGUUGGUCUGCUGGCGGGAAUGUGCUGUAUUGGGGCGUGCUACUCCGAGCGUGUGUCUUCAGCUAACGUUCGCGAGAUUAUGGAUUAUCUGAAGACCGCCCUCGAGGCAUCUUCACGACUGUUUGCCUCCAUAUCUGAAGACAUCAAACCCCAGGUCGAUUACGAGCACGACGCAUUUAGAAGCAUGAGAGCAGACCUAGAAGAGCUACAGGCCAUUAUGCUCUCUCACAUUUUGUUCGUCUGGCAUGGAACAUCCUUCCAGAGAGAGAAAGCACGAAAUUCUUUUGCUUUGGUCGCCUCACUGGCUCGGAAUGCUGGGUUGCUUCAGAUCCCCAAGAAUUCGACAAUUUAUAGCCAGCUGCACCAGUCCGACGUUCCAGUCCAGGUCAAUAGCCCAUUCAGUUUCGAUUGGAUGACUUGGGUCGAGCAGGAGAAGCGCAUUCGGACAAUGUAUCUCAUAUUCCUUUUUGACGUGGCUCUCGGCCUCUAUUUUAAUGCGGGCCUUCAGUUUGAUGCCCUCGAGAUUCGCCUACCGCUUCCGGCAGACGACGCGGCGUGGGAUGCCAGCAGCGCACGCGAGUGCGCCGAGGCACUAGGCCUUCACGGCUCUGAUCUCGCGAGGAUGCGGAAUUCUGACGGAACCCAGCGGUGCAAACAGCCUGAGAUGCAUUUGGUACUGAAGGCUCUUCUUGAAAGCUCGUAUGAGAUCCAACCAGGUGCAACAAAUCUACAGGGAAAAUUCAUCCUAAUCCACGCUCUGCUUGCCAUGAUGAAGCGAGUCCAGUUGGACGGCGGUGCUGCUAUGGCGCGGUCGAGCACACCACUUCCUCAAAACGCCUGGUUUUUAGGAGUUCAGGGGCCUCCAAGCGCGAACAGCAGCGGUCGGGUAACGCCUGUGGACAUGGGCGCUUCCUUGUUGGACCAGGCGACUACGAAGACAUUUUUGACCGCUCUGCAAAAAUUCAAGUACAACUGGGACAACGACAUGGUGACUCAGUUCCCUCCGUCUGUGGUAGUUCAUCCGCGCCGGUAUGGGUUCUCUCGGGACGGCAUUCAUUUCUACUGGUUGGCAACCUAUCUUCUGUCAAGAACGCGGAUGGCGGAUUUGCGUACGGCACCGGACCAACGUUUCACAGAAGUGAUCCACUUGCUUAAGUCUGUCAAGAACUGGGUCAUGACGGACGGCGCGGCUCGUGGAGAGGAACUGGGGUCGGUUGGAGACAUUGAUGAUAAUUACGGGCUCGCGGAUUUGACGCUGGACAUGACACAGCUUUUCAAGCCUCUAGCUCGGAUGGGGAAGCCGCCAAGAACCACAACUGCUUAG